GACCGACCCAAGAUAUAUAUAAAUAGCCUCCUCCAUCGAUCUGGGCAUGCACAUCACCAAACAUCGUAUUUCAUAAUCCGUUACAAUGCCACGUCCACUUCCUAUUGGAGAGAUUGUCAGACAAUUCAAAGGCAAUCACCCGGGUUCUCACCUCUUCAAGAUUGAUAAUUUCUCCUUGCUUGGGAAAUACGAGAUCAAAGCGUGUGAAUCCUCCGUUUUCGAACUCGGUGAUCAUAAAUGGAAACUUAUUCUUUAUCCGAACAAAUACGGGCAUGUUUCCAUUCAUUUCGAGAAGCAAGAUUCAGAGGUUGUGGCGUGGAAGUAUCCAAUUGCACUUUUUGCCGCAAGCCAGUUCGAGAAGAAGUGGGCUACUGGUAUAGGAAGUCCGAAAUGUAAUUUAUCUCGAACGACGUGGAAGGAUGUGCGUGUGAUUUCCCAUGCAACUCUUCAUGACGAAGAACAAGGGUUCCUUGUGGACGAUAUUGCUCUCUUUGGUGUCAAGAUUAUGGGCUUAGCGGACGCUAAAGUUGGCACAGCCGAAUGCUUUUCCAUCGUCGAGAAUCCUCCGAGGAACAAGAUCACUUGGAAGAUGAUUAACUACACCAUGUUCUCCUUCGAAGACGACCAUUUCUCCAACGAGUUUGUCAUUGGAAGCCGGAUAUGGAGGAUACGCAUUUAUCCUAGAGGGAAUAACAAGGGCAAAGGCAAAUCACUUUCGGUGUACUUGUCCGGAGAUAGGUUCACCAGCGACGCCCUCGAGGCAAAGACUUACGUCGGAUUCAAGCUGCGACUGUUUGACCAAAUCCGACGCAAACAUUUCCAGCGCUCACUUGGUCCGGAGUGGUACUCAGCAGAACCAGGUGAGGACAGGGGCUUUGAGGAGUUCGCUCCUCUCGCAGACAUUGAUGACAAGUCAAAGGGUUAUCUGGUGGAUGACCAGAUCUUCGUCGGAGUCCAGAUCGAUUUCGUCUCUAUGAACAACCGUUGCUAGUUCUCUCCUAUAUAUACAAUGUUAUAUAUAUAUAUAUAUAUGUACUCUAAUAUUCCAAUAACAUCGUCUCGUUUACUAUGUAAUGGCGUUAUGUAAUGCGUGGAAGAUUUGAAAUAAAUAUCUAUAUUUGGAUCUA